AUGUUGCUCAAAAUUUCAUCCAAAGCCCUAGUGAAAUUUAUCCUUUUGUUAGUUUUGCUCAGCCCAUCAACCUUCCAAACCGAAGCAAAACAUGAAACCAACCUUAUAAUAGCCAUAUGCAAGAAAACUCCCAACUAUGCACUAUGUCUCUCGACUUUAAAAUCAAAUCCCAACAGUUCGAGAGCAGAUGUAGCCGGUCUAGGAUACAUCGUGGUCGAAACCGUGAAGGCCAAGUCCACUGCAGGGCUCCAGACCAUCGUCAAGCUCUCGAGGUCCAGUCCGGUCCUGAAACGAAAACUAAGCGAAUGCUGGCAGAAAUACGAUGCUAUAUUGAAUGAUUUUGUUCCAGAAGCAGAGCAGGGUCCUCCUAAGUUCGCUGUUGAUGGAAUGAAGGGAGUUGCAGAGGUGACUACGGAUUGUAUCAAGGAUUUUCAAGGACUCGAAGCGCCAUUGCCUACGAUUAAUCAACUUGUGCACGAUCUUUCGCUUGUGGCUGCUUCCAUUAUAAGCAAUUUGUUGUGA